AUGGCUUCAUUGAGCACUGCUACCACUAAACCAUCCUUUGCGCGUCUCGACGCAGCGGAACCAUCCACGACGCCACAGAACCUUGUCGCAGCCAUCAAGCGUGACGGGGGCGUGAUUGUCGAGAACCUUAUAUCUCGGCAGCUGGCAGAACAGAUCAGAGCAGACCUCAAACCGCAUUUUGACUCCGAUAUUCCAGACCUGUCUGGAUUCUUCCCCGUCACUACCCAAAGAGCAACUGGCUUGUUUAAUGUUUCUGAUGCGUGUGUUGAACUCGCCUGUAAUCCUCUUUACAUCGAUGUUGCAAAUGAGCUGUGCUCUUCCUCACUGACGUACUGGGAACGGGAGAAGAGGAUUACUGUGAGCGGGAAGCCUAUUAUUUCGUCGACUGUGGCGUUUCGGGUCAAUCCAGGUGGCAAACAGCAGGUUCUGCAUCGAGAUGAUGAAGGUGCACCAGUCUGGAACCAUUUUCUGAUUGGAGGCAGCGACUAUCAUCCCCACGACAAAGAGCUCCCAGUCAUGAUUGGCUGCGUGACAGCUCUCACCAAAACCACCCGGGAGAACGGGGCGACGAUCGGCAUCCCGGGAUCUCAUCUCUGGGAUAGUGAGCGACGACCAUAUGAUGAAGAAGCUGUUCCCGCAGAACUAGAGCCAGGUGAUGCUUUCAUCUUUCUGGGCAACCUGUACCAUGCUGGCGGCCAGAACAUUACCCAAAACGAGUAUCGUGAGACAGUGGGCAUCUUCCUCUGCAAGCCGACUCUUCGACCUGCGGAGAACCAGUUCCUCAUGGUGCCAUUGGAGCGAGCGAGGCAGCUCACACCACAAGCGCAAAGACUGCUUGGCUAUGGCGUUUGUAAGCCAUCGUUGGGAUUCAUGAACUAUCAAGACCCAAUGAAGGUGUUGUUUGGAGUGGAGGAUGAAGAGACAGUACUCAUGUAA